AUGGUCACGUGCACUUAUUCCAUCAUAACCUCUACUUCUACGCACAAAACCGAGCUCGAGCUUCUCAACUCCCCUCUCUCUCCCCUCUUCACAUCACCUCAAACCUCAUCUCCGAACAAAGCAUCAGUUCAAGAUGAGAGCCAAGUGGAGAAAGAAGAGAGUACGACGCCUCAAGCGCAAGAGAAGAAAGAUGAGAGCUCGCUCCAAAUAAACGACUCGAGCUCACUCAGCCGCACCAUCCGGACGCGAGACCGCCAAGCUAGACAACAAAACCAGCACCACCUCGGGUAGCGCUCAUCAAUAAAGAUGAUAUUGCUCAGCACAGUGGAGGGGAGCAUGGAACUUGGAUCACGAGAGCUCAAAGGAGGAAACUGUUAAUCUGUGGUUGAGAAGCAAGAAUCGUUUCAGAGCAAAGCAACUGUUAAGGCACCAUGAAGUUGAGCUAUUCUACUGCGCCAACCUUUGCGAGAUAAAUCGUCUUGCCAUAGUUAUCAACGUCAAUUGGAAUUCAGAUGUGCCACAUGCAUGCCUUCGCUACCUACUUAAUUAUGAUGACGGCACCCGGUAUUUUUAUUCUAUUUGUUUAUCCGGGUUUGUGAUGGCCAUUUUCCCAAACCAUUCAAUCGUCUUGGCCAAGCCCUAAACGAC